AUGGCGCCUACUCUUGAAUCUAGCAAGAUCGCCUUCAUCGGUGGUGGCAACAUGGCCGCAGCCAUCAUCGGAGGCCUGGUGGCCAAGGGCAUUGACAAGCAGCACGUCACCGUCUCGGAGCCGUGGGAGGUGAACCGCGAGAAGAUGGCCGCCCUCGGCGUCAAGACGACGACCUCCAACGCCGAAGCAUUCGUCGGCGCCGACAUCGCCAUCCUGGCCGUCAAGCCUCAAGUCGCCAAGGGCGUCUGCAACGAGCUUGCCAAGGCCGUCUCGGGACACGACAAGACCCCCGUCGUCGUCUCCAUCGCCGCCGGCAUCACCCUCGAGGCCUUGCAGAAGUGGCUGACGCUCGACGAUGGCCGAACGCCCCACGUCGUGCGCGUCAUGCCCAACACCCCCGCCCUCGUGGGCGAGGGCGCCUCGGGUCUGUUCGCGGGCAGCGAUGUCACCAAGGAAGAGAAAGAGUUGACCGAGUCUCUCAUGGCGAGCGUCAGCAAGGCGACCGAGUGGGUCGAAAAGGAGGAGCUGAUUGAUGUCGUCACCGGCUUGUCGGGUUCCGGUCCCGCGUAUUUCUUCGCCAUGGUUGAGCACCUGAUCUCCAGCGCCGUCAGCCUCGGUUUGUCGCCAGAGCAGGCUAAGCGCCUGGCCACUCAGACCUGUCUGGGUGCCGGCAAAAUGCUCGUCGAGUCGUCGGAAGAUCCCAGCCAGCUACGCAAGAACGUCACCAGCCCCAACGGCACGACGUACGCGGCACUCCAGAGCUUCGAGGCUUCUGGAUUCAAGGACAUCGUCGAUAAGGCCGUCAAGGCUGCAACGUCUCGCGGUGAGGAACUCGGAAAGACGUUAGGUAACCAGUGA